CCCCCAUGUGACGGUUGAAUAAAGCUCGUUGCAUGCCCGGGUUCAUGAGUCAUCACACCACCAGAUCGUCUUAUCCCUGUCUGUGGUGGCACACUUUUCGCGUUGAAACAGGGCUGGAAAGGCACAUCGUACACAUCAGAUCAGCCACACACCAAAUAAAGGGGCGAGGGCGUCCUCCCGUCCAGCCGUCAUCUCAGUGGAGGGAUGGUCAUGUUGAACACAGCACCCUCAGCAUUGUGCACACCGCAGAGGCCCCCAAGCUCCUCGCACUGCCGUGCCUCGGGCCGCCACUCGUACCACACCUCCAUCCGCGACACAUCCACGCGGCGACGCAUCGACACGCUGACACACAGAAGAGCAUGAGAGCAGCCACACCGUCAUGCGACUCGAGCACUUGUCUCACUCCCCGCCUGGCCUGAUUGACCGCCAAGGUACCUGAGAGUGUCAUUUUGUGAGAGCAUGAGGGGGCGCACGAAUGGGACGAACAGCGGAGCGAACAGCUGCCCGAUGACCGACUCCCCGGGGAGUGUGGACACACGGACGUCCUUGUAGAGGGUCGCUUUGAAGAACUUCGAGAGGCCGUGCACCACUGCAGCAACACUCAUGGUGAAGUCACCCUGAUUGAUGAGACAGACACGCAGACACGGACAGGCGCACAUUCACACACACAGGUGGUCGGUCACUUGACGACUGAGUGGAUGUGUCGGCCAGCGCCACGCACCUGGAAUGACCGCUCUCCCGCCUGAAUGGUCGUGAAGGUGCUGUCAGGGUGGUGGAACGACCACACCUUCUCGACACGCACCUUGCCGGAGGAUUCCCUGCAUCAAGGAACGCAGCACAUCCUCACUGGACUACAGCCGACGUGUGCCGCUCCUUCCUCUGCUGACACACCCUCCCGCCCACCUGGCAGGGAAGAACUGUGCCUUGCUGUGCACUAAAAAGGGCGUCUGCAACAGGUCCUGCGUCUGUGCCAGCCUCGUCCACAGGCGGGCGGUGCUGACGGGCGUCACGAAGGUGCUGUACUCGCUGGGGAUGACCACACCAUCGCGAGCCAACAGACUGCCGCCCUUCAAGGCAACUGAUGCGCGCGAUAGAGACAGACGACACACAUCCGUCCCAUUCAUGUGUGUGGGUGAGUGGAUGGUUUGCUAAGGCACCGUACCGUUGAUGUAUUCGGGUGAGUGGUGGUUUUCGGCGGGGGGGGCCACCAGCACGUGAGCCCUCUUGCCAUGCGGCAGCGAAAAUGUCCUCAGAUCGCCUGGGGUGACCUUCACUUUGCGCCACAUCAGGUCGCCAGCGCCGCUGACACGCUUCCUGAACACGAGGUGGGCAUUGCAUUCAUCGCAGUGCCUUGUGGAAAUGUGACCCUGUGUGUCUCUGUAUGGGUACCUGAGUGCGUCGACUGCCUCGUCAGAGCCCUCAACCACAUGAACAUCCCACUUCUGCACAGUCACUCAGACAGAAGCAAGCUUGGCACCUUUGUUAACAGAAGCAAAAGCGAAAUCCGCAUGUCAGUCAGAUUGCACCUUGAUCUUGGCCUUGCUGACGGCAUUGAGCACCGACUGCACGAGAGCACCGCGGCCUCCGCCGCUGACCUGAUCCAUCCAUCCAUCCAUCCACGACAACAACACAAAUGCACACACCGAUGCCACGACUGUCUUUGCAUCCUUAACUCACCACAAUGGUGGCGUCCAGGUGUCCGGCCACCAGUCGGUCCGAGAGGCAUCGUGCGAGGGCCUCCUCGUACAGCAUGUCGGUGGCGGGGUCGCUGUGGAAGUAAUCGGCCGCUGACUCGUCAACCUGCUCAGGGAUGGGCGCCAGUAGCGACACCAGCACGUCCUGAUACAGAACGUCGAGAGCCCGCUCGACCUUCUCCGCCUGCACAACACCACAGGAGAGUGCAUCCAUGUUUCGGAGACCUCUGGUGUCUUUCCUCCCUCCCACCUUUGUGGCCGGCUGUCUCCUCUCCUCUUCUUGGGCAACCGUCUCAGCCACAGCCGAGCCACACUCGGCCAACAGACUCUGACCAGGGGAGCCGACAACUGGGUAGCCGUAGCCCUCUCCCUCAUACUCGAUCACAACAGCUUGUCGCAGGUCCAUCACACCCAACACCCACUCAGACACACUCGCGGGCAGUUGCCGCGCCGAGUCACCUUCUCCUCCAGUGGCGAAGACCGACAUCGGCAGCAGGACGCCGCUCACCAGCUCGCCUUUCCACCUCUCCUGGAAGGGAACCAAAGGGUCUCGCAGAUCGAGAAGCGCCUGUGCAAGGGGCGUAUAGUUCAGCUGUCGGUGGAAGGCCGUCCAGCCUGACCAACCAGCGUCAUCUGGAGGCACCCGCACCCACAGCUCAAAGGGAAUCGGCGGCCGAUCGGCGUCCGUCAGGUUGCUGACCAGCUGUUGGUCUUGGAGCAUCGUCAUGGGCACGGAGAGGACCACUGCGAGGAGGUCGGUCUUGCGGGCUACCUCCAGCUGCUCCAGCACCGAAUCGACGUCCGACCCAUCCCGAGCUCUCACAUGGCCAGCAAGCCGCGUGCGCAUCUGCUCGACACUCAGGCCAAUGUCGGACGCCGCGAUUGGCCGCCAUCUGCCGUCGGCCGUCUUGUUGCCCACCGGCACUGAGAGGAAAUCAAAUCCCCGAUCAAGUGCAUCGGGCAGCGUCAUGAGAGCCUCUUGCUGAUACGGGUCAUCUGGUGACGGGUACGGCAGCAGGGCACCGAAAGCGAUCGGGGGGAGAGGGGGGAGCUCAUCCUCGAUCGACGUAGGCUUCUGAGCCUUCUUGCUGCCUCCGCCUGUGAUUCUCCAGGUGAGUUUUUCCACGGGGGGCGGCAGCAGGAGUCCCUUGAUGGUGGACGUGACGGACGAGCUGAGAAGCGAGGUAAAGUCGCGGACAGACAGCUCGCCUCCCCUCCCGUCGCCCAGAAUGCGGUAGUACAGAUACACUGCAGGCACAAUACGUGUGUCGGCCGGUCGGUCCUCAUGUGCAGUGAGUGUUGAUGCCUAGUACCUGAUGUGGGUAUGACGGUGAGGAGGUAGAGCAGGACGAGAGUGAGGAUGAGGCAGUAGGUGGUGCGGUUGCUGCUGGAGGAGGAGGACGCGCCCUUCUGCACCAGGACUUCUCGAAGCACCUGCUGCAUCUCGCUCGAUGACAGAUCCAUCUUCCCACCCUGAACACACACAUGAGAUGGAUGAGUAUCUUGUGCUGUGCUGUGCUGUGCUGUGGUGACUGUGCUGCACGCACAGAUCCGUUGCCUGCCUGAAUUGUUGCCUUGGCUUGCUGUCCUCUUGCACCGCGAUGACCAUCAUCUGCUUUGCUCCCUUCUCCUUCUCCUUCUUCUCGACGGCGACGCCUCAAUGAGUCCUCCAUCGGACGGAAGAACAAG